UUGAAAGCGGCAUCUCACCAAUCAGCGUUACAUAAACACUGUCCUUCAGUAAACAAUGUAGGGAUAAGUUAGGUCACUAAAAAAGGCUCGGUUGUUUAUCUGUCAUUGUUAAUUUAGUUAGUUAUUCGGCUCAAAAUGUCAGUUAAACAUGCUCUCAGUCGGGGGUUGGAGCUGGGGAGGUCGCUUUUCCAGCUGGGGCUCUUCAAACCAGUCGGCCGUGUGGCAGCGAAGUUCCGCGGUGAGCGGCUGCGUGUGUCCCGGCCGACCCGCACUGUCCAGCCGCAGACCUUCCUGCCCGGUCGGUACCGCUUUUUCCGCCUGUCUCUCAGCGGGCUGGCCGCCCAGCUCCAGUCCGGGGCUUUCAGAAGAGUGGCUGGAGGUGGUGCACCCAGAAACAGGGCUGUUUUCCUGGCAUUUGGGGUGGGUUUGGGGCUGAUUGAGCAGCAGCUGGAAGAGGACAGGUCUAGCGCUGCUCUCUGUCAGGAGAUACAGGCCGUAUUCAGAAAGAAGAAGUUCCAGACCCCUCUGAAACCCUUUACAUCAGGGUACAAGUUGGAGGACUAUGUGAUUGGGAAACAGAUCGGGAAAGGUUGCAAUGCAGCGGUGUAUGAGGCAGCGGCUCCGUUUGCGGCGACUGUGGAGAGCGGGAAGUGUUCACUGGUGGAGCUCAACCAGAAAGAAACAGAUGAUGACAAUAAGAAAGCAGGAGCGCUUAGAUUUCCUGCUACACCGAGUUUUCCUUUAGCUAUGAAAAUGAUGUGGAACAUUGGGGCUGGUUCAUCAAGUGAUGCCAUCCUUCGCUCUAUGUCUAUGGAACUGGUUCCUGCAUGUCCACAGGCCCUAACAAAUGAGCAAGGAGAGAUCGCUCUGGAUGGGCACUUUGGAAUGGUGCCUAAAAGACUGACCGCUCAUCCCAACGUGAUCACAGUGUACCGCGCUUUUACUGCUGAGGUCCCGCUGCUGCCUGGAGCUCAGGAGGAGUAUCCUGAUGUCUUGCCUGCACGACUCAAUCCACUGGGUUUGGGCAGUAAUCGCACACUGUUCCUGGUCAUGAAGAAUUUCCCAUGCACCCUGCGUCAGUACCUGGAGGUGUGUGUGCCGAACCGGAUGCAGGCAUCUCUAAUGCUGCUGCAGCUUCUGGAAGGCGUGGACCACCUCUGCAAGCAGGGCAUCGCUCACAGAGACCUCAAAUCAGACAAUGUGCUCCUGGAACUUGACAGCGUUGGUUGUCCCAGACUGGUGAUCACUGACUUCGGCUGUUGUCUGGCAGAGGAUUUGGGCCUCAAACUGCCCUUUAAUAGCCGGUGGGUCAGCAAAGGGGGAAACGCCUGUCUCAUGGCACCAGAGGUGGCCAUAGCAGUACCAGGUCCAGGUGUGAUGAUCGAUUACAGUAAAGCAGAUGCCUGGGCCGUAGGAGCCAUUGCCUAUGAGCUCUUCAGGCAGCCGAACCCGUUCUACAGCUCAAAGGGACUGGAGAGUCGCACUUAUCAGGAAAAACAACUUCCUCCACUUCCUGCUGCUGUACCUGAGGAUGUUCAGCUAGUAGUGAAACUACUGCUACGCAGAAACACUCACAAGCGCCCCAGUGCACGUGUGGCCGCUAACAUGCUUCACAUCAGCCUGUGGGGCAAGCGUGUGUUGGCCAGCUUGGAUCGGGCCAGAAUGGAUGAGCUGACGGACUGGCUGCUGUGUCAGUCUGCUGUGGUGCUGCUGAAGGGUCGAGGCUCCGGCGGGAGCUCGGUGGAAGCUGAACUCCAGAGAUGCUUCCUCGCCAACAUAGACCUGGAGGAUCUCCGCGCCGCAGUCAGCUUCCUCAUGUACGGACAACAGCAGUGGAAAUCCCUGCUAGCGCACUACACUGAACCAUAGUCUGUGUGAGUGAGUGUUUAUUAUAGAAACAAGCACAGCUCAGUACCAAUCAUUUUUGUAGACUGUGGAAGCACUUUAAUGUUCAUCACUGACAUAUUUUGAAAUUGUGGCUGCAUUUGCACUUUUUACUAUAUGCAUUAAGAUGCUGUUGGUGACUCUUUAGAAUAAGUUUAACCAGGUACAAAAUCAUGCAUUAAUAUCCACAGUAUACUGAAUAUUGCUUAAAAAGCAGGCAAAUAAAUGACAGGAUAUUCAAUACAAAUUUCAUUUUAACUUUUGGUAACUGAUUGCAUUAGGAAAUGUGUGUGUUACCAGCACAGAGUUGGUUGGAGUGGCUGAAAAAAUAAUUUGUGGAUUUGUGACGUCAUUUCAGAGAUAGAGCAAGUGAUUAUGUUUUGAUAAGUUCACUAUGACAGUCUUUGAAAGAACAUGUUCAGAUGAAUCGCAAAAUAAGACCAGGCAUUGUGAAUGUGCAUUACAAGGGUAUAGGGUGAAUUUUGAAUGCAUGUUUUCUUAUAAAUAUAUAUAUAUAGAAAAAUUGUGCAAUUUAUUAUGAUGUAUAGAUAAGCGAAAUAUACACUACCAGGCAAAGUUUUUAAACGGUAAGAUUUUUAAUGUUUUUUAAAAAGUCUCUUCUGCUCACCAAGCCUGCAUUUAUUUGAUCCAAAGUACAGCAAAAAUAUAAUUUUGAAAUAUUUUGACUGUUUAAAAUAACUGUUUUCUAUUAGAAUAUAUUUUAAAAUGUAAUUUAUUCCUGUGAUUUCAAAGCUGAAUUUUUAGCAUCAUUACUGCAGUCACAUGAUCCUUCAGAAAUCAUUCUAAUAUUCUGAUUUGCUGCUCAAAAAACAUUUAUUAUUAUUAUUAUUAUGUUGAAAACAGCUGAGUAGAAUGUUUUCAGAUUUCUUUGAUAAAUAGAAAGUUGAGAAGAACAGCAUUUAUCUCAAAUAGAAAUUAUUUGUACAUUAUAAAUGUCUUUAUCAUCACUUUUGUUCAAUUUAAAGCAUCCUUGCUAAAUAAAAGUAUUAAUUUCUAUAAUUUCUUUCAAAAAAAUAAAUGAAUAUAUAAUGUUACAAAAGCUUUUUAUUUCAGAUAAAUGCUGUACAAAACUCAACUGUUUUAAAUAAUGAAAAUUAUAAUUAUAAAAAGGUUUCUUGAACAGCAAAUCAGCAUAUUAGAAUGAUUUCUGAAGGAUCAUGUGACACUGAAGACUGGAGUAAUAAUGCUAAAAAUUUGGCUUCGAUCACAGGAAUAAAUUACAUUUUAAAAUAUAUUCAAAUAAAAUGCAGUUAUUUGAAAUUAUAAAAAUAUUUCAAAAUUUUACUGUUUUUGCUGUACUUUGGAUCAAAUAAAUGCCGGCUUGGGGAGCAGAAGACACUACUUUAAAAAACAUUAAAAAUCUAACUGUUCAAAAACUUUUGACUAAUAGUGUAUAUUUUUGUCUUUUGAAACAUGAUCUGUUUUUGACAGCUUUUGUCAACAAAUCUGCUUAGAUAAAAAUAGUAUGUAAUAAUGAUUACUAAUUAUUAUUAUUAUCAUUGUUAAUUAGAAUAAUUUAAAAUUAUUGUAAUCUUUUGUUUUUAAGUUUUUUGUUGUUUCAAAAUGCAUCAAUAAAAAUAAUCAAAAAUUA